GUGGUGACCGUCGCCUGGCGGCGCUUCCGGGUGCGGCGGCGACUGCGAGCGGGGCGGGGGCGGUGGGGCGGCCGCGGGGCCUGCGGGGUCAGCGGCGCCGCCUCGUCCAGGCAGCCCUCCGGCGCGCGCCAUGGCGGCGGCCGGCGCAUCGCACUGGGGCCUGAUCACCAACAUCGUGAACAGCAUCGUCGGGGUCAGCGUGCUGACCAUGCCCUUCUGCUUCAAGCAGUGCGGGAUCGUCCUGGGCGCGCUGCUCCUGCUCCUGUGCUCCUGGAUGACCCACCAGUCCUGCAUGUUCCUGGCCAAAGCCGCCACCCUGAGCAAGCGCAGGACCUACGCCGGCCUGGCGCUGCACGCCUACGGCCGGGCUGGGAAGAUGCUGGUGGAAACCAGCAUGAUCGGGCUCAUGCUGGGCACCUGCAUCGCCUUCUACGUGGUCAUCGGCGACCUGGGCGGCAGCUUCCUGGCCCGGCUCUGUGGAAUCCAGGUGACGGGCGGCGUGCGGGUGCUGCUGCUGUUCGCGGUGUCGCUGGGCGUGGUGCUCCCUCUGAGCCUGCAGCGGAACCUGCUGGGGUCCAUCCAGUCCUUCAGUGCCAUGGCGCUGGCCUUCUACACUGUCUUCAUGCUGGUGAUCGUGCUGUCCUCUCUCAAGCAUGGCCUCUUCGGGGGACAGUGGCUGCGGCAGGUCGGCUACUUCCGCUGGGAGGGCGUCUUCCGCUGCGUGCCCAUCUUCGGCAUGUCCUUCGCCUGCCAGUCCCAGGUGCUGCCCACCUACGACAGCCUGGAUGAGCCGUCGGUGAAGACGCUGAGCUCCAUCUUCGCCUCCUCCCUCCAUGUGGUCACUGCUUUCUAUGUGACGGUGGGCUUCUUCGGCUACGUGAGCUUCACAGAGGCCAUCGCGGGCAAUGUGCUCAUGCACUUCCCGUCCAACCUGGUGACCGAGAUGAUCCGUGUGGGCUUCGCCAUGUCUGUGGCCGUGGGCUUCCCCAUGAUGAUCCUGCCCUGCCGCCAGGCCCUCAACACGCUGCUGUUCGAGCAGCAGCAGAGAGACGGCACCUUCGCGGCUGGGGGCUACCUGCCGCCCCUGCGCUUCAAGGCGCUCACCCUGUCCAUCGUCUUCGGCACCAUGGUGGGCGGCAUCCUCAUCCCGAACGUGGAGACCAUCCUGGGCCUGACGGGUGCCACCACCGGGAGCCUCAUCUGCUUCAUCUGCCCAGCCCUCAUCUAUCGGAAGGUGCACCGGGGCGCCCUGUCCUCCCAGGUGGUACUGUGGGUCGGCCUGGGCAUCUUGCUGGUCAGCACACACAGCACGCUGUUUGUGAGCGAGGACGCCACUGUGGACGCAGCCCUGGGCGGCCCGGGUGGUCAGCGUGCUGAGGUGGAGGCCGUGGCGGGGGAGGCUGCCCAGCUCUCAGGCCCCAAUGCCGUUGUGGACGGUGCCCAGGACGGCCGCGCCCGGCCAAAGCUGCCUGAGAAGCAGGAGCAGGAGCAGGCCCAGAUCCGGGGUCCUGAGGAUGUGCCCCCUGGAGAAGGCGCCAAGGAGAAGCAGGAGGCCCAGCUGGACCGUCCGGGCCAAGGUGUGGCGGCCCCUGUGGGUGAGGCCCACCGCCACGAGCCGCCUGUCCCGCAUGACAAGGUGCUGGUAGACGAGGGCCGGGACCAAGAGGGGGCCAGGGAGGACAAAGGCCCCCCCAAGCAGGAGCAGAAGAGGCCGGACGCAGAGGCCCAGGGGGCCCCCCCGCUGCCCGAUUCAGAGAGGGGGCCACCUGGGCCAGGCCAGGCCCUGGGGGCAGACCCCCCAAAGGCUCCUCAGGCCCACGGUCAGCCAGCCAGAGAGCCCCUGAAGGACAGGGCCCAGGCAGCACCUUCUGAGGGACACGCGGAUGGGGGCGCCCUGCAGCCGGGCCCUGCGCCCAGGAGUGAACCUGGUGCCCAGGCACCUCUGGCUGGGGCCGCCCAGGAGAAGCCAGCCCCGGGAGCCCCGGGAGCACAGGCAGGGGCGCAGGGCGUGGAGCACACAGGCAGUCGGCUGGAAGGCCGCGCGGAGCUGCUGGACCACGCAGUGCUGCUGCAGGUGAUCCAGGAGCAGCAGGAGCAGCAGAAGCGGCUGCUGCAGCAACAGGAGAAGCUCCUGGCCGUCAUCGAGGAGCAGCACAAGGAGAUGCACCUGCAGCGGCAGGACGGCGAGGAGGGGGACGGCAAGGAGCAGGAGGCCGAGCCCCGGGAGCCCCCGGCACAGCCUCUGGACUUGGCACCUGGUGCUCCUGGACGGCUCCUUGCCCCACCCCAGGGGCAUGACCCGCGCCCUGUGGAGGGGUCCGAAGUGGCCGCAGGGAGACCCCCGGCUGGCCCUCAUGGUGCCAACGCAGGGGCUCAGGGAAGCCAUGAGGACGCUGAGCCUGGUGAGGCUCCUGUACCAGAUGCUACCCCAGCACCCAGAGGCGUGCAGCAGCGAGGUCCGGGGACACGCAACGUAGCUGGAGGCGCCCACGGGGACAAGAAGCCUCGGAAAGAAGUGGCAGCCUCGGUGGCUGCCCUGGAGGAGGCAGCGGGACCAAGGAAGGACAUUGGGAGGGAGCCCCCUCCGGAGAGGAUGCAGCCAGAGACGAGAACCCUGGCCCUGCCCGGCAAAGGGGGCGCCAUGUCCAAUGGGGUUCAGGGCGGGCACCCAGAGGGGAAGGAGGGGGCUGCUGACCGAGACCCCGAGCCAGGGCCCAGGCCUGGCGCCCAGAAGCCGGACAAUGCCAAGCCCAACCGCGAGCUCAAGGUCCAGGCCGGCUCGGACCUGCGGCGCCGGCGGCGGGAUGCAGGCCCUGUCCAGGAAGAAGGGGCGCUCCUGGGCCUCCACCCCCUGCCCCAGGCCCACCUCAGUGAUCUGCGCGGUGCCCUGGAGACGCAGCUCCACCAAGCUGCAGGGGGCGCUCUGCGAGUGGUCCAUGGGCGCCAGGUCAAACAGAUGCCAACCGGUCUGGAGGAGGCCUGAGCCCCGACUGCCCACCUUCCAGAACUCUCGUCCCUCGGCCUUGCUCCUGGACGCGGGAAUAAACUCAGUGCCUUCCCG